AAUGCAAAAAAUAAGACCGGAAGUAGAACUGAUAAUUUGGUUUGUGUGGCGUUUUUCCGAUAUGUGAUUUUGUUUGCACAUUUUUCACUUUUUGGGAGGUUUUUUUUAUGAAAAAACUUAUUUUGUGUACAUGCUGGACAUUGCUUUUCCUGAUUCUUUCUUCGUAAGGUUAGUGUUUUGUGAACUUCGAUUUAUUUUACCCUUGGCGUCACACUCUUGUUGGGGUCGACGUUGAUGUUUUGUAUAUUUUGACUGGAUUUAAUUUGACUUCAAAUCGUAGAUGCCUCCGAAGAGAAUUAAUUUAAAUGCAGCAACUGAGGAGGAUUUAGUUUCAUUACCAGGGAUUGGCGAAUCGAAAGCUAAAGCUAUUGUAUCGCAUCGUCACAGUGUAGGCCAUUUUCGGUCUUUGGAGGAAUUAAAUUGCGUGAAAGGAUUUGGAAGCAGCACAAUACAGACUUUAAAGAAUAAACUAUUUUGCAAACCGUUAAUGAAACGUAAAAGUGACAGCAAAGAGGAGAGCAAGAAAAAACGCAUAUGCAAAACGAUGAAUAUCGAGAAGUGGCUCAAUGCGUUUCGUAGCUUUAGCGUUUCAGAACAAAGUGACGCUCUAGAACAAUUAGUACAAAAUUGCGCUCCAUCUCAAGCAAAAAGUCUAAUGGCUAGUCUAGAGAGUCAAUUUCAACGUGAUUUCAUAUCUUUAUUACCUAAAGAGUUGGCUUUAUAUGUCCUCUCUUUCUUAUCCGCUAGAGAUUUAGUGAAAGCAGCACAAACAUGCAGAUACUGGCUAGUAUUGGUUGACGAUAACCUCCUUUGGAAGGAAAAAUGCGAAGAAGAUGGUGUUUUAAUAAGACAGACUCCCUCUUUUAAGAAACUCUACCUCGAACAAUUAAAUAUCGAGCACAAUUGGAAAACUAUGCCCACCGAUGAUCCCCUUGUUUUAAAGGGACACGACGAUCACGUUAUAACCUGUCUAGAAUAUUCUGGCGACCGUAUUGUCAGUGGAUCCGAUGAUAAUACACUUAAAGUAUGGAACUCCAAAACCGGAAUGUGUGUUUUGACUCUGCAAGGUCAUACUGGCGGUGUUUGGUGCUCCCAGAUAAUGGACAAUAAAUUAAUAAGUGGAUCUACUGAUCGGACUUUACGAGUAUGGGAUAUUGAGACUGGGGAAUGUUUGCAUACAUUAUAUGGUCACUCGUCGACCGUUCGAUGUUUGCACUGGCAUGACGAGCUGGUUGUGUCCGGAUCACGUGACGCCACGUUGCGAAUUUGGCACGUACUGCGAGGAGAAUGCGUGAAAACUCUUAUAGGUCACGUAGCAGCCGUCCGUUGCGUUCAGUAUGACGGUAGGAGGGUAGUUUCUGGAGCUUAUGAUUUUACAGUCAGAAUCUGGGAUCCGGAAACGGAAGCUUGUCUCCACGAACUUCAAGGUCAUACGAAUAGGGUUUAUUCUUUACAGUUCGACGGUACCUAUAUUGUUAGCGGUUCGUUAGAUACUUCCAUACGAGUUUGGCAUGCAGAGAGUGGACGAUGCUUACACCAGUUAACUGGACACCAGUCUCUCACAUCAAAAAUGCAGUUGCGCAAUAAAUUAUUAGUCUCCGGCAAUGCUGAUUCUACGGUAAAAAUCUGGGAUGUGGCAAGAGGAGAGUGCUUACAUACGCUGGCUGGUCCUCAUAAGCAUGUCUCUGCCGUCACCUGUUUGCAAUUGACACGCCAUUUUGUUAUUACCUCAUCUGAUGAUGGCACUGUUAAAUUGUGGAAUUUGGAAACAGGAGAAUGGCUGAGAGAUUUAAUAAAUUUAUCAUCUGGAGGAAGUGGUGGUGUUGUUUGGAGAGUGCAAUCGACUGAUAGCACUUUGGUUUGUGCAGUUGGUUCAAGAAACGGAACUGAAGAGACCAAACUCUUAGUACUCGAUUUUAAAGAGUCUUAUGUAGGCUCAACUCACAACAAACUGUGA